AAAGACGACGAAUAGUCAACUUAUAAACGGCGAAUAAUGUUGUACUGUUGACUGACAUUUGAAUUCCUUCAAUUAUUUUACGCCACUUUAUCGAGGAUGAAUAUCCAUUUAUAUGAUUAUUAUUACCACUGUCUCUCUUACGCCGCAACUGUGAUGUUAGUUAAUAAUUCUGGAAUAAUUUCUUAACGAUGUUUUAAUUGUCACUAUAACCUUAGCGACAAUUGUCAAAUUAGCAUAAAAGAAACAAAAAAUUCGCACGUCUCACGUAAAAACUAUUUGGAAAGUCUCUCUCUCUUUCUCUCAUCGAUGCGUAAAUGGAUACGCAAACGGAUAUCAAUUUAGUGCGACCGCAAAUGGCAUUACGAAAUAUGAACUCUGGCAAUAUAUUUUAUAUGCCUUUAACAUCGUUCGCAGAAAUGUGGUAUCAAAUAUUUCUAUGGGCUCUAUUCUCUUCAAUAUUUGUGCAUACAAUUGCUGGCGCUAUUUGUUUCGCCACUUUGCGACAGCACAAAUAUGGCAAAUUUUUUCCGCUACUUAUUAUAAUAAUGGGCGUAUUGUUACCACUAACAUCAGGUGUUGUUAGUUCAGCAGCAGUUGCCUUUGUGUAUAGAGCAUCCGGUUAUCAAAUGCCACCCUUGUAUGCAAUGUUUUGGGGCAUUGGACAAACCGUGUUACCAGUUUGCGUCGGAUUUACGCGAAUCUUAGCAACUUUAUAAACCAAGAUUGCAAGGACUGCAUUUUGUGAUAUUUAUGUGUAUAUACAAGAACAGCUAUCAAGUGUCUUCUAAGUUAUACAUAUAGGAAAAUAUGUACAUAUGUAGGUGAGUUUAUCAUUGUAAACAUUCAGUUACAUUGAUAUUUAUCAUUGGAUUUAUUGUAAAAAUAAUGAAAAUUGUAAGUGCAAUUAACAUGAUAAGUAUUAGGAGAAUUUUAUAUCAUAAGACAAGUGCAUUUAUCAAAUAUUAGGAUAGAAGCACCAUGAUAUCAAUAAAUUUGUU